AUGAAAGGAGUAUCUAAGGAAGCGUCUAGAGCUUCUUGUAAAAAAUGUGGAUAUUCAGGUCACCUGACGUAUCAGUGCCGUAACUUUAUUAAAGUUGAUCCGAAUAAAGAUAUCGUUUUAGACGUUAGCAGUACAAGUAGCGAAAGCGAAGACGACACAUUAACUCCACUUACCGCAUUACAAAAAAAAAAGGAAAUCUAA